AUGCUUGAUGAGGAAGGGAAAGUGAAGCUGUUUCCCGGACAUAUUUUUGGUUGUGCCGGUCUCCUGGGCAACCGAUUUGUCAUACACUGCCAGUGCACACAUAAUGACCUGAAGAGUCAUUCUGUUGAUGCUGUAGAUUCACAUAAUGAUUUAUAUGCGUUUCACUACUCACCACAAGAAAAGAAAUUUAGCCGCGAGAACAGCUGGUCUAUCUUCCAUCACGAGAAAGAGUUUGGUCGAAUGGGCAUUCCCAACGAGUACUGGCAUUACAGUCCAUUGAAUGAGAACUACAAGCUUUGUCAGACGUAUCCUGAGUGGCUGUAUGUGCCGAGUGGCGUGAGUGAAGAAGUCGUGAAUGGCAGUGCUAAGUUUAGGAGUCGAGAGAAAGUACCAGCAUUGUCAUAUUACCACCAAGAGACACAGGCAGCAUUAUGUUGUUGCAGUCAGCCACUAUGUGGGAUGAUCAAACGAUCAUCAGACGACGAAACGUAUUUGGAAACGAUUGCAAGAGCGAAUCCCAACAAAGGAUACAUGUAUGUAGUCGACACACGCCCACGGGUAACAGUCAAGAAUUUGUGUUGCAAUAAACAGCAUUCUUUGUUUUGUUCUAUUUGUCUGUCUGUUUCUCUGCCCGCAUGGCUGUUUGUUUAUCUGUUGUUUCAUUACCAUAGAGUGUCACUUAUCCAGACAGUUUGGGACCGGAGGGUAUCCAGUUUAGUGAUUUUUUGAUAACCAGUAUUA